GUAAAGUUGCGCAGUUACAGCGAGGGGAGCGCAGCCAUGAUUUUUACAGCCCUCAGUGUUAUCAAACCGCGCUGGACAGAGCAGAAAACCAUCCCAUAAUCCUCCUGAGCAGCGCAGGGUUCGCCCUCACUGCCGGGGGGUGAGCGUCACUCUUUAGGGGGAGUGUCGGGGAGUGAGAGGCCGCCUGCCGGAGCGCAGCUCUCACCCCGCGCUGAGCUGCCGCUGUGUGUUGAUGAUGAUGAUGGACGCCUCGCCGAAAGUCGAGCCGUCUGGAGGUGCUGUGCUGUCCUGCGAUGCCCCUCCAGCUGCAAGCACGUCUUCAGUCCUCACAGCAGCUCAUCAGGUCGAGCAAGCAAAGGAGCCCACUCCUGUCUUACUCUACCCCAUCAGCAUAAACAGUGCUGUGUCUCUUUCACCUGUAUUUAGAGACAAGGGCUCCCAUGUUGGUGGGAGAGAAGAAGUGAGGAAGGCCGGUGGGGCUCGAGGCUACACUGAGGCUGUCUCCACCUCGUCUGAAUUUACCCAUCAUGCUAUUGUGCACCUCAUUGAAGCUAUGCAUCGCUGCUGGGAUGUGUACGGCUCUCGAGAGCGCUCCCGACUCUUCCAGAGUGUCCAGAGUGAGCUGGAGACGCUUGGUCACUCGCUGCCUGUGGAGAAAAUCAGGCGAAAAUGGAACAACCUUAUUGUCACAUACAAGAGAGUAAAAGAGCGCAGCAGGCUGGGAGGAGGCCGAGCCAAGACGUCAUGGGAGUACUUUGAGAUGAUGGACAAAGUCCUAGGAAAAACAAAGAUUGACCAGAGAGGUCCUGCUUCAGCUACUCUAGUCGGCUUCGCCACCACAGCCAAAGCAGCCGUAAGGUCAGAGGAGCGCCAGUCCCAUUCUAGUGUGUCAGUAGCGGCUGUGGCCACCCCAUGUCUGCUCCCCAAUGGCCUUUUCACCUCACCACCCCAGAUUCCCACACUGGUGACCUCCCCGCUACUGUGUAAUGUUCCUCCUCCAAAAACAAACCCAGUCCUACCCCUAAACCCAAAGCCAAGCCCCAGUCCCACUCGCAGCUCUGACAGCUCCAUGCCCUCCAUUUCCCCCAAGCCUACCUCCAGGGUUGUGCGGCAGCCUCUUAAGCGGAGAUUACGACAUCUUCAGCUCAGCUCAGUAGCCUCUCGUCUUGCCCAGCAGCAGCAGGGCCAAGCUGGGGAGCGCACCGCUCUUCUCCGCAGCUUCUUGACCAGUCAGGAGGAGAGGACUUUGUUGGAGGAUCAGCGGCAGCGUAAGAUAGAUGCACGGGAGAAACGCCAGGAAAAAACAAUAAACAACAUGGCUGAAGCACUGGGAAGAAUGGCAACAGCCCUGGAAUUGAUCUCCUCCAAACAAGACACUAUCAUUGCCCUGCUCCAGAGACUGGCUGAUAAGCACUAGCUAACUAACGUGACAAAAUUAUCAUAUAAAUAACUUUUAAAAAAAUCUAUUUACUGAUUAAUUUAGUUUGAGUCAGUGCAGAUUGCUUCUGUAUUAUUAAUUUCAACAUUUAAUGGUUUGUAAGGCUACGUUCACAAUUACUAUGCUAAAGCAACUCAAAUCCUUAAUGCUCAAUGUGGCUCAGAUUAGAUUUUUUCAUGGUUGUGUAAACAUGCCAAAUCUGAUUUUUUAAAUUUUAAAUUUAAAUCACUUUCAUAUGUAGUCCUAAAUUUCAUACAUAUUCGAUCCAUGGACGUGCGACGUGAAUGUGAAUGGUCAAAUCAAAAUUCAUGCGUCUUUUAGCUUUUAUGCAUGCGCUACGUGUUUCUCUCUCUUACCCACACAUCUCUUGGUGCAGUUAAAGCUGCAAAAACAGCAAAAGCAAACUGCCUGGCCUUUUUUCACCUCCUCGACCCGAGCAUGUACUUUUCUAUAAUGAACCACGCCUAUGCGAUGCAGGGGAGGGUGCACCUGUCAUUAUGUUGCUUGGGGUACAGUUCAGAACAGCUCGAGAAGGUUCUCAAGCCAAGUCCCCACCGCAGCUAGUUGAGUGAUGAAGAUCAGGGUAGUGAUGGGGUGGAGGCGGGUGCGAGGUCGAAAGUCACGAAGGUGAGGAGCACCUGGGAGGUAUAUAUAGGACUAGGAAAUGGGGCUUGGAAAAUUGAGGCGUAGUCCAUAUCCCAAAAUUGUAUUAAUUCUUAACAACACUUCAGACGAGCUGUUUGCUCUCCACUCGAGCAAAAAUGCGCCACAUAUUAGCUGCUAACGCAUGCAUUUCACUUUAUAAAGCUAUGAGUCGUCUCUCAAAUAUGAUGUUUUUUUGUUGCUGUUAAAGAAGGUGACAUUUUUACACGUAUCAAUGUACACGUGAGGCGUUUCAGGGACAGACUCGUUCACAUUACACACAGAUACAGGUCACUUACAUUUAUGAAUGUGAACCGUCAAGAUCGGAUUUGAGCAAUGUUGUGUUAAAAAUAACUCUAAAAUCUAUAUAUAGUAGAGUUAACUGCUCAGAUUUCUGAUUGUUUUUAAAUAAUAUAUACAUUACUUUUCUAAAAAGUUACAUGGACUAGAGAAAAUGAAAAAGGUCAUUUUAUAAUAUUGAAGUAAAAGUGUUAGUAAAGUAAAGUUAACACUAUUGCUAA